AUGAGUUCUGAACGCCAGAGAAAACAUCAGAAUAUAGAUCCAACUGCAAUCAUUGAACAUCUUAAGAAGAUGGUUGAUACACAGUUGGACCUCAUGUCAAUCGUGCAUGAAAUUGUUGGUCUCGUGACUGCAGUUGGCACUAGUGUCCAUAGAUUCAAUGUUGGUGACCGAGUUGGAGUUGGAGUGAUUGUAGGCUCCUGUCAAACGUGUGAUAUCUGUGAACAGAGCUUGGAAAGCUAUUGUCUCAAAGUUAUGUUCACCUACAACUCCACAUACCAUGACGGUACAAAGACAUAUGGUGGUUACUCCGAUAUGAUAGUUGUUCAUCAGCGCUUUGUUCUUGAAUUUCCUGAAAAUCUACCUUCUGAUGCUGGAGCACCUUUAUUAUGUGCUGGAAUCACUGUAUACAGCCCAAUGAAAUACUAUGGUAUGACCGAGCAAGGCAAGCAUUUGGGUGUUGCUGGAUUGGGGGGGCUUGGUCAUAUUGCUGUGAAGAUUGGAAAGGUCUUUGGGUUAAAAGUUACUGUCAUCAGCACUUCUCCUAAGAAGGAAGAUGAGGCCAUCAAGAAGCUUGGUGCGGAUGCUUUCGUUUUAAGAAGUGAUCCUACAAAAAUGAAGGCUUUUGUAAAUACUAUGGAUUACAUUAUUGACACCAUUGUUGCGGUUCAUCCAUUGGCUCCGUUGCUCAGUUUGCUAGAGAUGGAUGGUAAACUUGUUACUGUUGGGUUGCCUGAAAAGCCACUGGGGCUUCCGAUUUUCCCUUUAGUUUUGGGUAGGAAGCUAGUUGGGGGAAGUGACAUUGGAGGCAUGAAAGAGACGCUAGAAAUGUUAGACUUUUGUGCAAAGCACAACAUUACUGCAGAUAUCGAGCUGAUCCGAGUGGAGCAAAUCAAUACGGCCAUGGAACGACUUGCAAAAUCUAACGUUAAGUAGCGGUUUGUGAUUGACAUUGCAAACUCUAUAUCCUGCCCUGGUUGUUCAAUGUAGUUGUUGUUUCUUCCUUCAAUACCAGAAAAAAUUCAUAUUCGAAAAAUUGAGCAAUGUAUUUGUGAUAAGUUGAUAUAUGACUGAUCAACUUGUGAGUUAUGGAGUAUUAAU